AUGAUGAGCGACGACGAUCGCGACAUUGAUAUUGAAAGCGAUGCUGAAAAUGACUCCGACUCUAGACCUCAUGCUAGAAGCAGCAUGGGUGGCAGUGGAUAUUACUCUCAGGCUGAGAAAAGGGCACACCACAAUGCAUUGGAAAGAAAAAGAAGAGAUCAUAUAAAGGACAGUUUUACUUCAUUGCGAGAAUCAGUACCAGCUUUACAAGGAGAAAAAGUGGCCAGUCGAGCACAAAUUUUAAAAAAAGCUGCUGAGUACAUACAAUUUAUGAGACGAAAAAACAAUGUACACCAACAAGAUAUAGAUGACUUAAAAAAGCAAAAUAGUUUGCUUGAAACUCAAAUAAAAGCACUAGAAAAGGCACGAGCAACAGGAAAUUAUAUGGAUGCUCCUGAACUAGGUCUAGGAAUUAAAUCAGAAGGCAGUUCUCAUGACACUGACAGCUCUGAUGGAGAAGGAACCACUCGUCGAGUUAAGAAACUAAAAAUAAAUAGUUUAAAUGUA